AUGAACCCGGAGCUGGGGCUUUUUCGGUCAGUCCCCGGCGAUCCUCCUGGGCUCCGUGUUGGAGAAGGAGGACAGAACAGAUGCGACACCAAUUUUGGCUAUGUGCAAAAACGGCACGGCCCCGAGGGAGGCCACGUCCGUGCAGAAGCCGGCGGUGACGUUCAUAUCCGGGACAUCUUGGAUGUUGCUGCAUAUGCCAUGGCGAAGUUGCAACAGUACCCCUGGCCCUUGGAGAUUGUUGAGAGGGCCUUACAAGACUUCGGAAGAACAUGGGUGCUCUUCCUCCUGGGGGUUGAAGUCUUUGCCCUAGUGAUGCAGUCGAGGUGGAAGAGGCCGUUCGCUGCGCCAUCCCCGGGCUGCCAACGAGGGCCAGCUUGGACCAAACUCCUACUCGCCGCGGCCAUCAUUGGGUCGGUGGAAGCAGCAGGCCCGUGCCCACCCUAUCCCGCGAGAACAAGAAGUACCGCAAGCUACUACAAUGACCUGGACCAGGAUGCAGUGCGAGACGGUCUACGAACUUCAAGCGAGCAACUGGCAGAGGCGGAAGCCAGGUGGGCCCUCUCAAGGCCCCUCAUGCACAAUGCUGGAGUCUACGCACCCGAGGAAUUCUUUGAGGACCGCCCUCCGCCACCAGUACCACCUCCACCGGCUGGACCAAGGGAACACCUUAUUGGGGAAGAUGAGGAGCGAGCAGUGCACAUAUCACUUUGGGCAUGCUCGCCUCACUUCACGCCGAAGUCUAUCGAUGUUGCUGUGGCUUUUCCUUGUGAGCUGCAGCACCUGUAUGACAUUGUCCUUGACUCCGUGGGCGAGAUGAGCCAUAAUUGGCUCACACACACUAUGGCGACCAACCCACAAAUCAGCGAGGACUAUGCCAGUGUGAUCCUCGCUCCACCCUGGUUGCCAAUGUCGGGUAUGUACAUCCUCUUGAUAGACGCAAGGAGUGUAGGACACCACGCCGGCGCAGUGUAUUGGGAAGGGCCAGUUACCAGACGACGAGCCCUCCACUUCCUCGAGGAGACGAACACCGAUGAUUGGGAGGUCUACGCUUUUGGAGCCCUUGUACCACUUGGACAUGCAGAAGCCAUCCAACCGGUACAGGCUGGAGUGUUGCAAGUACGACGGCGAGGAGAAGCGGCGGAAUGGGCGUCUGACAUUGAUCUAAGAUUGGAUGACCCCGGCCGAUGGAACCCGCAAACCUCCCACCCAGAGCCCCAAAGAGGCCGGUACAUCGAGUUCCAAGCUGAAGAAGAUCGUUUCCUUCAUGCUGUCGAUCGACAUGCCGCCAGAACCCCCAUCCAGAUCGUGUGUGCUGAACUGAAUCGGACUACCAAUGACACAUGGCUACGAGCUCCGACAGACAGACCACGUGCCCUGUGCCACUUCGGGCAGUGUGUGCAUACGAUUGUGGCGGUGCUUUCCGAGGCCCGACAUCCCUCGACCAGGUUCAGAGCGGUCAUCAUGGAUCUACGAGGAGUUGGACUGUGGCCGCAGUGGCUGGCCAUUGAGGGAGAUACCAUGCAUCCGGGGGAUUACAUUGAUGGUUUACAGAUCCCAUACCGAGAGGGCUAUUCAGUUGUCGUCCUUGGCGGGCAACGAACGGAAGAUGGAGUACACCUCCGUGUCCAAGACGGGGAACUACUUGAAGUGGUGCUUCGGAGCACUGAGGACAUCACGCCCACGGAGAACCCGGAGGAGGACUCAGAGUCGAGUGAGCUCGGGGAGGAUGAUGACACCAGUGAUGCGGUUGACAUGCUGCCGGACUCCUCGGACCUCUCCCAGAGAUCACCACCACGAGGACCGGGGCCCUUUGGUCCACCACCUCCGACCCCAGUGCACUACGACCGCAGCCGCAGUCCAAGACGGCACAAUCUUCCCGAGAACAGCGGAGGCGAAAAGAUUGAGCUCCAUGCAUGCUUGCCCCCGGCAACACACAGCAUCGCGGAGGAGCUCAUUGAGUUGCCACAUACCCCUGAGGACAUCACUACGGCCUUCCAUGUAUGGCCCAGUGACUGGAUGAGCUAUGAUGUCAGAACUUUGGACCUCAAGGACACCACCAAGCAGGCCCUGCAAGACCUACCACAUUGGAGUCAGCUGCUGCAGGUGCAUGGCAGUGACACGAAGCUGACGGCGUUCCUAUAUGUCGAUGGUUCGCACUAUGAGAAAACCAACCGCGCUGGAUAUGGAGUUGCCAUCAUCUUGAGAUGUGCGGGCAUCCUCGCUUUGCUUGGGGCCUUUGGGGGCCCAAUUCUUUGCGAAGGAGGAGAUGUUUGGGACUUCGAGGCUCCCAUGGCCCUGAAAGCGGAGCAGAUCGCUAUUGCAACUGCCCUCCUAUGGCUAGCACAGAGCCGGACUUUCAUCAACAUUGAGGAGGCCUACGUCAAAUAUGACUGUCAAGCAGCCGGCAAAGGGGCGGAAGGAGCUUGGCGGGCGCCCAAUGAAUUCGGCAACAAGCUUCGACAUUUGGAGCAGUAUGUACGCGGGAUGAUGGAGGACCGGUUAGCCUUUGAGUACACCCGUGCACAUGUCGGAGAAGAAUGGAACGAGCUUGCGGACUGUAUAGCCAAGGCAGGUGCCCACGCGAUACCGGGCCUGCCAAGGGCACCAAAUGAGAACACCGCGGCCUUCAUGCGGCUUGACAUGAGCUGGAUGGUCGCGACAGCUCGUAGUUUUCGCUCCCCGAACAUGUUGGUGAAAGCUGGCCAAUGGCUGACGGUCCCGGAUCAGGAUUGGGCCAAACACAGCCCCCUGCAGCCAUGUGACCUGGUCCCGAUGCACAGGACAAGAGGAGUGACCAACGGAGCGGCAAAGACAUUUGGAUUGCGAUGCGCCACAGUAAAUGUGCAGGGCCUGCAGCACAAACACUGCUACCUCGACGCACAAUGGGAGAACAGUGCCCUCAACAUCAUCUUUGUUCAAGAGACCAAGGACUCGGAAGGUUUCACCGAGAGCAAGAACUACAUGAGGUUUGCUUCCCCCUCCCAACGACAUUGGGGUACAGCUAUUUGGGUCAGCAAGAAGGGAGGCAUCAUGGUCGAGAAUGAUGUGCCGCUCCGUGUAGCCUCACAUGAUGCAAGCAUCAAGUACAGUGACCCCAGAUUGCUGAUGUUAGAGAUCAACAAAGGUGAUCAAAGGAUUGUGGUCUUCUCUGGCCACAUUCCCCAUGCUGAAAAGCAUGAAGAGCGGCAGGCCUACAUGAAACAGUUGAAGCAGUUGCUGAGGAACGGGAGCAAGCCAGCAAUUGUUCUUGGAGGCCUGGACGCCAAUGGGAGGCCCCCACCAAACUUCGAAAACACCACGGGAUCGGUGGAAUUCGGAGAGCCAGACCAGGCUGGGAUCCAGUUUGCGGAACUACUACAGGAAUGUGGCCUGUGGAUCCCAAGUACCUACGAAGGGAUACAUCAAGGUGGCAGCGCGACAUUCCAACAUGCCAGUGGAAACCAACACCGGCUGGACUUCGUAGUCGUAGGUGGCAGCGCGACUAUCACAAGGGCUACCAGCCGGGUUGCCACUGAAGUGGACCUUGGGGCGACCAGGGAUGACCAUUGGCUUUUGGAGGUUGAUAUUGGCGGCACCGGAGGUUCCUCCAGUGCCUCGGCUGGCCUUCAAAGGCCGAAGUACGAUCGGCAGAAAAUGAUGUCUGCAGAUGGCCAGCGAAUCCUCCACCAAGCCUGGGUGAAUUACAACCCGCCCCCGUGGUGGGAACACGUCGAUGUCCACUGCAAACACUUGCAGGAUUACAUCGUCCAAUGCCUCAACACAAACUUCCCGGCUGACACGCAAGGCCCCAGGGCUGCUUACAUUGAUGCUGAGAUCUGGAAGUGGAGAAGCGCAAAGCUGCAGUUCAAACAAAAGGUCCAGCACCGGAAAUACAUGUGGGGGAGGGCCCUGGCUGCCAGCUACUUCCAAUGGAGCAGACCAGGAGUCUGCAUCGUGGUCCCCCUCCUCCAAAAAGAAGGCCUGCUAUAUCAGCUUGCGGCAAGCGCCAUCACGAUGAUCACUCACCGCAUCAAGCAGAGGAUCUAUCAGAACAAGAAGACAUACCUCGAGCAGGUUAUCAAGGAAGGCCCCCAGACUGCUACACGGUUGCUCCAAAGGGUUCGCAAAUUUGGAGUUGGAGGACGGCAGAGCAAGCAGAGCCGUGGCCGGAAACCCUUGCCCAAGCUGUUGGACUCCAGUGGCGCAGCAGCGGCCACCCAGGCCGACCAUGAUGAGAUUUGGCUGCGACAUUUCGGGGAAAUGGAAAGUGGUGAGACCCUCGACAUCACCAGGUUCCUCGAAGAGAAGGAGGACGUGUCAUGGCGAAAUGUGGGUGUUUCAUGGAAGCUCAGCGACGUCCCUACACUACAGGAAGUUGAGGACGUGCUGAGGAUGGCCCCACGUGGCAAAGCCAUGGGACUGGAUGCCGUACCGGGCGAAGCGGUCCUUGCUUCUCCGGUGGCGGCCGCAGUCAUGAUCCACCCGCUCAUGGUGAAAGCAGCGACAUCCUUGAGACAGCCACUACAGUGGAGAGGAGGUAUACUGUAUGAGGCUCACAAAGGUGUCGGAUCCACUGAGCUCCCCGAAAAUCACCGAGCAUUGUUCAUAUCGAGCAUCCUCGGGAAGGCCUACCACCGCUGGAUCCGCAACAAAACGGGCGAGCAACUCAACAACGAGCUGCAUGCCAUGCACUUGGGCAGCCGCAAACAUGCUCCGCUGACAUAUGCUUCCCUCUACAUCCUGGGACAUAUGAGAAGCUGCAAAGCCCUGUCCAGGGCUGCUGGGGUCAUAUUCCUGGACACAAAGGGAGCAUAUUACUCCAUCAUGAGAGAGGCAGUGAUGGGAGAUAUUAGGCAGGAUGAGACGGUGGCCAGACUGAUGAAGAGGUUCAAUCUCGACGCGGAGGACAUGAAGGACCUCUGGGAGACCAUCCGUGGUGGAGGUAUCCUCCGCGAAGCUGGAACCUCGCCUGCCAUUCAGGCGAUGGUGUGCGAUAUUCAUUAUCGCACCUGGUUCGUCACGAAAUACACAGGGGGCACCCGGUUGUCCUCGACUUAUGCAGGAAGCCGUCCGGGCGAGUCCUUCGCGGACGCGAUCUUCGCUUUCAUCUACAGCCGUAUCCUCGGCAAGGUGAUCGAAGUGGCCACAGGAGAAGGUCUACUGAGUGAGGUGCAAGCGGACGUGGACGCCGGAGCCUUCGCAACACCUGCCCACGUUCGGAAUGGACCUAGUGUCGUCGCCCGAGAUGCCACCUGGGCAGACGACACGGCGAUACCAUUCGAUGAUGACCAACCUCGGCGACUCCUACGGAAGGCGCAACGGCUUGCGUCUUUGACCAUAUCCGUCUGCCAAUCGUCGGGCUUACAGCCCAACAUGAAGAAGGGCAAAACGACGGCCAUCCUAGCCUUGAAUGGCCCAGGCCGGGACAAGGCUCGAAAAGAGUUUUUCAGCCAUGGCCGGUCUACGAUAAAGCUCGACGAUGUCGGCAUGGAGUUGCCGGUGGCACCCCAAUACGUCCACCUCGGUGGGGUUGUCGACAUUGCCUGCAGUAUGAAAGCGGAAAUGAGACGUAGACUGGCCAUGGCCAGUGCGUCCUUUGAUGCUGGCAGAAAGCUGCUCUUUGGGAAUGGCAGCAUUUCGCUGCCUGUCAGAGCACAGCUGUUCAGAAUGACGAUCCUUGCCACCUUCUAUAACUUGGCCAUAUGGACGACGCAGGGUGCAGCAUGGCACCAACUCUCCGGUGGCUACACAAAGAUCCUUCGGCGACUACUUGUACCCCAAGUUGGUGGACAUGAGAUCUACAAGGUCCCGGCGGUUUUCGUCCAUUUAGCCACGGGAUGUUGGACAAUGGAACUCGAGGCGACCAAAAGCAGGAUGAGCCUGCUCACGGCCCUGGCUACAAAUGGGCCAGAGGCUUUGUGGGCGAUGAUCCAGCGAGAUCAAGGGUGGCUAGAAGGUGUGAGGCGAGACUUGCAGGCCUAUGCCAAGCACUACAAGGACGCGCCCGACACAACGGCAGCGGCGUGGCCGCUCUGGAAGGCCUACCUCACGGCCAAUGGCAGAGCGUUCAAGUACAGGGUCAAAAAGUGGCUCCAGAAGCGCCAUGAGGCAAUGUGCCAGGAGGAGGUUAUCACCGUUGGGCUCUGGGGCAUGUACCGACAAGCCUGUCAGACUUUGCCACAGCUACAUGCCCAAGAACAACGAUGGAGCUGCCGAAGUUGCAAAAGACAGUUCAAAAGCAAAGGGGGCCUUGGGGCCCACAUGUUCAAGACCCACGGCCGUACUGCAGCAUAUCGAAAGUGUCUGCAGGGGACCAAUUGCCUGGCAUGUGGCAACCAGUACUGGACAUCGGCUCGAUUAGCAACACACCUCCGGGACAAUGCCGCCUGUGUUCGAAUCCUCCUCAGCCUCGGACUUACGGUCAAGAGUAUCCAGCCAGGCAAGGGUAGCAAGCUUGGACGCCAGAGGUAUGUCGAGGAGUACAACCUGGCCCCAACUACGAAUGAUGGAGGCCCCCUUGAGGCUGGAGAUGGGGAGACUUGGACAGAGACCGUCGAUGCAGCCUAUCGGGCACUCUGUGAGGACCUACAAAGUCGUGAGAACUGGGAGACGGAGAAGCAGGUCGCUUUGGCGGUCAUCGAGUGCCUGUGCCAGCACCCCCUAUACUAUGAGGAGGAGAUCCAGGUUGUCGAGAAGGCGGACGUCGAGCUGCUCUGGGAGAGUGACCCGAACGAUCCGUGGACGCGUCCUUCCUACGAGAGCCUGCGAGCGGCCCUCAACGAUCCUACGCGAUGGCUCCACCCUUUUGCAGCGAGCAAUAUCGAGGUGGACAACAACGACAGAUCCUACGCGGCCUUCAAAGAGGGGGUCGGAGAAGAACAGUGGAAAGGGCUUUUGACGGCCCUGAGGACGAAGUGCGGGACCCCGACAAGUGAGCCCUACAACCUGGACACAGCUUGGGAAGCAUUAGGGGCUGUGUACAGUGGCGAUCAGGUCGCUAAUGCCGCGCUCACCGAUCCACUGUGUUUUGUUCCCAGAAGCAUCGUCCAGCUAUGGCAAGAGAACGAGGAGCAGCGCGACGUCUUCAGGGACUGGUUCGUGGCUGUCAAGAACACCUUCAUCGACGUGAUGGACACCGGUUCUGAAGCCAGCCGCGACUGGGCCUCUCGUGCCAAGACGGAGCCUCCGGGUGGGCAGCUGCGGUUGGCACACAAGGCGAAGGUCAUCCGUAUGAAGGUGCAGACUUGGCUUCAGAUGUUGCAUCGCGAAGGCACAGACAGAGAGAUGAUUCCGGCCAUUGUCAAGGAACUGAGCGAUUGUCUGGAGAAAGUUGCGAACAACGAUCCGGACCUUCACGAGCUGCAGCCCCUGAAGCAAAAAGCCGUUGAGGCGGUCCGCUCUGUCCUCGUAGGCGGAAAUCUGAACACCUACAGCGAUCGGUACACGGUCGCCUGGGAGCUGUGCAGCCUGCAGGGAACUGCUUUCCCGUCAACGGACCUCGGUGGGGAGGCAGAGCUGUCCGAGCUACAGGCAGAGAUUUGGACAGACUACCUAGCCUGGAUGGACGAGAACCACUGGCUCACGGAGAGCUUCAGCCGUCCUGAAAAAGUCGUCAAGGACACGAUUGACAUGAGCGCAAAGGCUCAAGUUCAGGGAUAUCGCCGGGUGAUCGCAACGUUCUUGAAAUUCGAAUACACAAUAGUCACGAAGGCCAUCGAUCGACAGCUCGAGAGAGCCAAGAAUAUCACCAUCUCGGUCAUGAAGGCUACCGUCAAGCUGAUUUAUAAUGAUAUCGACAGCGAAGACGAUGUCAUGUACAUGUUUCAAGGCAACUUUGCGCAAAGCUUCUCCGAUGAGUUCGUGGAAAGCACUGGAGCUUGGAUCUUGAAGAAGGGCUCCCUUUCAGCUGUACUUUAUGUGAGGGGUGACGACCCGGAGAUGCAAACGGUGCAAGAGCAAGGGCCUGAAGAGCACAACUUCGACGAGAUCAUGAGGCCUUUGGAAGCACGCUGGAAGUUUGGGUUGAAGGGAGAUCUUCGCAUUCUUCUGCCUCCGCCAGCAACCGGAGAGCCGCCCCGCAGCACAUUGUGCAAAUGUUUUGUUGGGGCCAAGUGCCUCGAAGAGACUCACGCCAAGGCGGGCCAGGUGGUCGCCACCUUCGCCAGCCGCAGCGUGUCACACCAGCGCUUGAAUGCAGAGGACAUCGGGCAUGAGACGUUCCGGCUUGGACACAAGAACUCUGAGACCGUGAACCGUGCCGGAGACAGCGACGAUUUCCGGCUGAAGGAGUUUGUCGUGCAACAGCAAAUGAUUCAUCAGUACAACUCUGGCGUCGACGUGGUUACGUUGAAGAAUUCCGAGGAUUUGAGGGAUGCUGGCAACGCGCCACGAGUUGUAAAAGGCACUCUUGACAUUGACGAGUACAAGAUCGUCAAUUCACUUUACGGCACCAGCGCAGAAGCAUACGAUGCACUACUCGCUUUCCCAUUCGAGUUCGGAGGUUGGGCUGCAGGGUGGGAGGAAGUUGACAGAACUUCCGAGUGGCGGGAGGUGCUGAACGGCCUGCGCGACAAUUGGAAAGAUUUCAUCAAUGAGUCGGUCGAAGAGAUGGAUGCAUACCUGACGGAGUUCUUGUGGCUUGCCCAAAUAUGGACGCUGGGGACGCCAGGGACGCCGGGGAUGCCGGGACGCUGGGGACGCCAGGGACGCCGGGCGCGGGACGCCAGGGACGCCGGGGACGCUGGGGACGGGACGCUGGGGACGCAAGGGACGCCUGCCAGGGACGCCGGCGAUGCUGGAGAAGAUGGCCCCUUUGCUGUGGGCCCUGUGCGUGCCACAUUUCAUGAGCUCCCCUGUGCCGGGGACUUGGUCUCGGCGACUGCCUACGACCACAGUGAACAGGAUUGUGAGUCGGUAUUGCAGUUGGAGAAUGAGAAGCAGACACCGCUUCACAAGCGGAUGAAGAGCGAUCCGAACAUCUGGUUCUAUCGUCCAAUGCAAGAAGACCUCUUAGCCUAUGCCACUCAGGAUGUGAUGUACCUGCCGCUGCUCCAUCGGCGGCUUUGCGAUCAGCUAGGCGACACCACCGGUAACAACGUGCUGUCACGCAGCCGACAGUACGUAAACUAUUCCAAGAUGAAUCUGCACCUGUCCUCUCCAAAGGCAGCUGAGAGGCGGGGUCUGCGACUCCAGGCGAUGCUCGCCACACAUACAGAGGCGGCUCUGUAUUUCAAGCUGAACCUUGGAGCGCACCGUCAAGGCGUCGUCAGCCGAGAAGAGGCCCUGAAAAACUUCAAGGACAUGCACUACGGUGACAUCGCGGAAUGCUGGGUGUCCGCUUGGAACACGGGCGGCAACAUCCUGUUCUUGGAGCGCCUGGAGGCUGGCCAUACAUUCCCAGCCGAUCCGGACUUCACCACGGGGAAGGUGGGGCGCAGGAAGAGACGGCGGCCCAUCGGCUCCCACGACUGA